GGACUGAACUGCAGGCUGAUCCCGGGAUGGAGGGAGACGGAGAAGAGGAGUGAGAAAGUCGGGGAGGCAGGCCCUGCUGUCCUCCUGGAGGCCUGCAGCCUGCUGGCAGUGAAGGACCAGGCCGCCCAGGAAAGGAAGGGGUCAGGAGGUCGGGCCUUAGCAGGCUCAGACAAGGCCCAAGAAGGAAGCAGCAGGCACCCUAAAAAGUUCAGGGCCCUGGCCUGGCUCAGGUUGUCCAAAGAGGGCCUAAGUUAGGCCUCUGGUGGGGAAACUUGAGUCAGAGCCAGGCCUCAGGGCACGGCCCAGACGCUUAAGAACCAAGUUAGGGAUAAGGGAAAAAGACCUUCGAGGUUCUAAGACACUAAGGAGAGUAGGGGGCUUCAGAGCCUCCCAGUCCAGAGCCGGAUUGGCGAGUUAGACGCUUGUAGAUCCAAGGUUGGAUUGGGGAGGGGUCUCUGGCACGUUUGCUUGCUAAGCAAGGAUUGGGGGGAUUCAAGUGCUUAGAGAUCGAAGGCAGGUCUUGGGUAGGGGGAUUAGACAAUUGGAAAGCCUAGGUGGUUAUUUGGGGAGGGGUCUUUGCGCUUUGUCGAAGCGCAAAGCUGCUGCCUUUUUGGCUUGAAGCCUAAGGCCUUAUCAGGAGAGGUUUCUGUGAAAGGGUGGGCUGGCGAAGCCAAGAGCAAGAAAGUGAAUAAAUCUGGAAUAUAAGUGGGUGGGGGUCCCCUGAGCGGGGGGUCACAAAGGGUGAGACAUGGCCACCAGGCGUUUAACCGACGCUUUCUUGUUGUUGCGGAAUAAUUCCAUCCAAAACCGGCAGCUGUUAGCUGAGCAAGUGAGUAGUCACACCACCUCCAGUCCUCUGCAUUCACGUAGCAUUGCUGCGGAGCUGGAUGAGCUUGCUGAUGACCGUAUGGCACUGGUGUCGGGCAUCAGCUUAGAUCCAGAAGCAGCAAUUGGUGUGACAAAACGGUCCCCUCCUAAAUGGGUAGAUGGAGUGGAUGAAAUACAGUACGAUGUUGGCCGGAUUAAACAGAAGAUGAAAGAAUUAGCCAGUCUUCAUGACAAGCAUUUAAACAGACCCACCCUGGACGACAGCAGUGAGGAGGAGCACGCCAUCGAAAUAACCACCCAGGAGAUCACGCAGCUCUUCCACAGAUGCCAGCGAGCUGUGCAGGCCCUGCCCAGCCGGGCCCGUAGGACCUGCUCUGAUCAGGAGGAGAGGCUGCUUCGGAAUGUGGUGGCCUCCCUGGCCCAGGUGCUGCAGGAGCUGUCCACCAGCUUCCGGCACGCACAGUCGGACUACCUCAAACGCAUGAAGAAUCGAGAGGAACGAUCCCAGCAUUUUUUUGAUACAUCAGUACCACUAAUGGAUGAUGGAGACGAUAAUACUCUUUACGAUCGGGGUUUUACAGAUGACCAGUUAGUGCUUGUGGAGCAGAAUACACUGAUGGUGGAAGAGAGGGAGCGAGAGAUUCGCCAGAUCGUGCAGUCCAUUUCUGACUUGAAUGAAAUAUUUAGGGACUUAGGAGCGAUGAUUGUAGAACAGGGUACAGUCCUUGAUAGGAUUGACUAUAAUGUUGAACAGUCCUGUAUCAAAACCGAAGAUGGCUUGAAACAGCUUCACAAGGCAGAACAGUAUCAAAAGAAGAAUCGGAAGAUGCUUGUGAUUUUAAUAUUAUUUGUCAUCAUCAUUGUCCUCAUUGUUGUCCUCGUCGGCGUGAAGUCUCGCUAAGUGGCAUUGGGUUCUCAUGUGUGCCGCAUGUAUGGGUGUCCCGGGCGUGAGAGGUCCCGCCAGCUGCCUGCAGAGGUGCAGCCACGAAGGACUCUCAGGCAUCGGGGCAGAGGACCUUUCCAUGGACCCCUCUUCACAGUCCUGCUCAAGCAAGGGGAAUGGGCUUCCGUUUUUCCUUCUUUGUUGAGAAUUUAAGGACCUUUGGUACUGUUGCAGAAUAGAGGUUGAGUUCUAUGAUCAGCUUUAAUAUAUAUUUUUUUUAGGAAGAGAAAAUGAAUUGAAAGUUUACAGGCACUGUAGAAGCUGUUCAGUAUUAUAUGUCUAUAUGCUAUUUUUUUAGCAGUCAUGUCUGAGCAGCAUGUUAAAAUGAUUUUUGGAAAAAUUUUUUUAAAACCAUCUGGUUUUUAAGAAAUUUGGUACCAAAAAUUUAUGAGUAGAGGCAAAAAUGCCUCUUCAUCUUUCUCUGUGUAUUUUCCAGUUGAAAACAAACUAAGAAGUCCUUUAAGAAUUUAUAAUCCGUUCCCCAUUAACUUAAUUUAGCUUUUCCAUCACUGUUAAUGAUCAGAGUAACAAAGUGUGAAAAAUAAGAAACCAUCAUUGAUGUUAAUUAACACAUUUAGAUGGGCCAGUUAAAACAGCUUCAUAAGUUUAAAUUAAUUUUAAGUGGAAUAUUCCUCAUUUAAAAUUUUUGCACUGCAUUUUCUGUAAACCAAAAGGGUUUACUAAGCAAAACCACCUAAAUUUAAAAGUUGGUGAUUUGAAUGAACCUCACAUUAAAGGAAGCUUGACAGUUUCAUGAAAGUCACCAGAUUAAGCCAGUGUGCCCCUGGGUAUCCCCAGCCAUCCUACUCAGCCCAUUACUUAUAUGCUAACUACAUAAUGACCUGUUCAAACCAGACUCCAUUUAAUGAACUGUGAAUUUACACAGAGGCCAUUUUAAAUGGGUCACCCCAUUUAGGAUUAGUGGAUCUCAAAUUAUUAACCAAACAUCACUCCAUUUCAAAGUAAAAUAUUCUGCCAUUGACUUGAUCUAUUGGCUCUUCCAUUGCCACUUAGCAAUGCCCAGAAAGUAGCCAUAUUCCCGAGGGUUGUGGAAAUCCUGACUAGGAAACGCCAUGUUUGUGUGAAUGUGGAUCAGGACUUUUGUCAUUUACCUGCCUAUUAUCAAUAUGGUGCUUGAAUAUAUUGCUGGAACCGUAGAAUAAUGUGGAAAGUGGUAACUUUAAAAACCGAAGUUGUUUAUGUUUUAUUGGCCUUGUUUUGACACCAGUAUAGUUUGAAUGGUCUUUGUGUAAUUUUUGAUAGCUUUUCCAUUGUUUUUGCUUCCUUUAAAAGUUUAAGAAGAGCAUGACCUCAUUAAAUGUGUUACGUUUUAUUUGGACCAGUCACGUAAAAUGUUUCUCUAGAAUUGACUUUGAGGUUGUUUCUGGAAAUCUAAACUCAAGUCCAGAGAUUCAAGUUGUCCAAACAGGUCAUGGGCUUAACACUCAAACCCCCGCCCCAGCCUUCCCUUCCCAAGUCGAUGCCUCCAGACAGCCGCUGGUUUUCUUCCUGCCAGUGUGGCUGUAGAAUGACAAUGACCUGACGGUGUCAGUUCAGGAAACAGCGUGGUACUCCCUGACAAACAUCUCUUAGGAAAGAGGGUCAGAGAAUAAGAACCCAGUGACGACUCAGUCACCUCUGAAACGGGGGGCUUCAAUCCUGAGGUCACUGUGGGCAUCCUUUAGUCUCAGCAGACUUUAACCGUGGGUAGUUAGACCUGCUGCUUGGGAAUGGGGCUGUACAGCUUGGGGGAAUUGCCUCAAAAACAGUCUACAGGGGUAAUACUGGAUUCUUAUUAAAGCUUUUCAAAACGCUGAGUCUUGCCCUUGAAGGGAAGUGACCCUUUAAGAAAGGAUCACCGUUUAUUUAUAUUUAUUUUCAUCGAAUAGGGUGAUUAGAGUCGGUUUUUGUCCCCCACCCCAUUUGGGUAGAAUGAUGGAUCUGAUUAGAAACUAUCUUAAGGAUCUCAUGUUGGGAUGAGGGAACUGCCUCAUUCUGCCUAAAGGCAGUGCAGUCCCAGCUAAAGCUGUCUGCUGCGAUGACUGGUAUCCCUGGGCAGGAAACGAACAGACACAGCCUAGAGCUGGCCCCAGAGCCUGGGUACUGACUUGCUGGGGUCCUCAAACCACUGUAUUUUUCUUUUGAGCCUGUACUUGGGGAAAGAUCGGUAGCAUUUGAGGAGGUAAGAGAAAAUAAUCAUGUCCUGGUACCUCAGGGUUUGUUUUCCUCUGAACAAGGUGGACUCCUUUCCCUGCCAACAGCCAUUAUCCACGGGCGUGUUGUGCUCUUCUGGUCCCUGUUGGGCUGUGGAGGUCAUGAUUGCCCAGUCCAGUUUCUCCCUGGCCUGGGAUGCGCCCUGGGGAAGAGGCCCAUCUGGGAAGGGUCCUUCUGGACACGUGCCCCCUUUAAAGUGUCCUGGGGUGGCUCUGCUUGAGCGGAGCUGGGAGGCAAAACAGAAACGUUUACCCUCUGUUCUCCAAAGCUCCCGAUCUUUCCUGAGAUUUGUAACUGAAAACUGCUGUCUCUUGUUUGUUCAUUUUGGGAGUUGGUGGUGCUGGCUGGGCCAUGCCGUGUGAAGCAGUGUGUGUCUCUAAUUUAACAGAUUUACUGCUUUCUCUGCUAAUUGAGAGAGCAUUAUUUAUUUGUUUUGACACAAGUGCUUUCAGUGUUUUAUCCUAGCUAAUGGCUUCUUAAAGGUAAUAAAACCCUUCCAACCUAAUUGGUCAGAUUAAGACUUUUUUUCUUGUAUGAUUAAAUAAAGCAAUUAGUGAAGCGCUUCUAUCCAAAAUGACUUUUUUUGUCCAUUUUUAAAACUAAUUUACUGUUACUGGAAAUUUUUUGUACAAUAAAGCAAUCAUACAGAUUAAAGAA